AUGGCUACAAGAAAGAGUUUAAAGAAUGUAAAAAGCGAGGAUAUCCCCGACCGUUUUACCCUUGAUGGAAAAGAAGGAGAAGUCAAGGUUGUCUCGGUACAUGAUGGAGAUACGUGCGACGUGGUGUUUGAACUACGCGGCAGAAAGGAGCGAUUCGUCUGUCGUUUGCUGAACUACAAUGCGUCCGAGCUUAAGAAGAAACCGAUUAAUGGUCAGCUAGCACGCGACUAUCUGGCUCAUCUUGUUAUGGGAGAAGAUCCUGAUGCUGAUGGUUUCUUUGAUCCAGAAGGAAUAUGGACAAAGGAACAGCUGCAGGAGAAGCUAGACAAAAGCAAAAAUCUGGUGUAUGCUGUAUUUGGAAAGUUCGACUCGUUUGGUCGUGCUUUGGUUACACUUUAUACCGACUCUUCUAAGAACAAAUCGAUCAAUGCUAUGAUGAAGAAAUUCGUACAAAAACUGAAGAAACGAUGA